CCGGAGGCCGCCGCUGAGGCUACCCCGGUGAAGCCAUGAAGACCAUCAUCGCCGCCUACUCCGGCGUCCUGCGAGGGACGGGGUCCAGCAUCCUCUCCGCUCUGCAGGAUCUGUCCUGGCUGUCGAAGUCGCAAGUGGAGAAGCAGCUGCAAAGCAUCUCGGUGCUGCAAUGGGUGCUUUCCUUCCUCGCCAUGGGUGUGGUCAGCACCAUCAUCCUCAUGUACAUGCUGUGCACCGACUGCUGGGUCAUCGCAGCUGUUUACCUGGCAUGGCUGGCCUUUGACUGGAACACUCCGAAGACAGGUGGCAGGAGAUCACAGUGGGUCCGAAACUGGGCCGUGUGGAGAUAUUUCCGGGACUACUUUCCAGUCCGACUGGUCAAAACCCACAACUUGCUGACCAACCGGAAUUACAUCUUCGGCUACCACCCGCACGGGAUCAUGGGGCUGGGGGCCUUCUGCAACUUCGGCACAGAGGCCACAGGCGUGGGGCAGAAGUUUCCCGGGAUUCGGCCGUACCUCGCGACCCUCGCCGGCAACUUCAGGAUGCCCAUCUUGAGGGACUACUUAAUGUCUGGGGGUAUCUGCCCCGUCAACCGAGACAGCAUGAACUACAUCCUCUCCAGGAACGGCACCGGCAACGCCAUCGUGAUUGUGGUCGGGGGCGCUGCAGAGUCCCUGAACUGUACGCCAGGCAAGAACUCCGUGACCCUGCGGCACCGGAAGGGCUUCGUGAAGUUGGCGCUGCAACACGGCGCGGAUCUUGUUCCGAUCUACUCUUUUGGCGAGAAUGAGGUCUACAGGCAGGUGAUCUUUGAAGAAGGUUCCUGGGGAAGAUGGGUGCAGAAGAAGUUCCAGAAAUACGUCGGCUUUGCUCCUUGUGUCUUCCACGGACAAGGCCUCUUCUCCUCCAACAGCUGGGGGCUGCUGCCAUAUCCCAAGCCCAUCACCACUGUCGUUGGGGAGCCCAUCACUGUUCCUAAAAUCGAUAAUCCAAGCCAGAAGGAAGUAGACUUUUAUCACAGCCUCUACGUGAGCUCUCUAAUUAAACUCUUUGACAAGUACAAGACGAAAUUUGGCCUGCCAGAGACGGACACCUUGGAAAUCAAUUGA